AUGACGAUGAUGACGACGGCGGCGACCACCGGAGGAGGACCAGAGGCGGGGGGGGCGCGACGCCGAACCACGUCGGAUUCAGACACGAGCGGCGGCGGCGGGAGAGAGUACGCGAGCCUGGCGGACGUGCCGCGCGCCCGGCGCAUCGGCCACCGCGACACCUUCGUGGCGGAGAAGCGGCGGCUGGAGCACAAGCUGCGCACGCGGAGCCCCGGGCGCGACGAGGUGGAGCGACUCUUCGGCAAGGACCGCCGCUCGCUCGGGCAGCCCCAGGGCUCGCCGCACGACAGGCACGUAAGGGCUGUGGCCAUGUUUGCUGCGCUGGACAGGGAGCUCGAGAGGCCGGUGUCGAGCGACGUGGAAGAGCGGGUGGACGCCUCCUUGCACAGCCCCGUCGCGCGAGAGUCUCCGCGGGGGGCGACGCGACCUGCCGACACCAAGGUGAUGGGUGGUGCCCCCAUGUCCCCAGGGGGACCCCACCCCAGCCACGGAUCCUUCCGGCGCUCCCAGUCCCUGGACCGGCAAAACGCGGGACUGGCCCCCACGGCUGACUCCACGAGUCUUAAGAAGGGUUGGCUCAGCUGGCUGGACGAUGACGCUCAGUGGAGGAAGUUCUGGUUUGUGCUCACGCCCGGCGCACUCAAGUUCUACCGCGACACUCCCAGCGAAGAGAGGGACCACGCGGAGGGCGUUGUGGAACUCUCCCCACACUGCACGAUCGCCGACUUCCAAGUGCAGCGCAACUUCGGCUUCCAGAUCAAGACCAAGUACGCGGUGCACACGCUGGCUGCCGUGACGCCCGGCAUUCGCAAGAGCUGGAUGGAAGCAAUCAGUCAGAGUCCUGGGCUGGGUGGAUCUGCCCAGGACAAGAUGAGCUCGCCAGACAAGUCGUGGCCGGGCCGCUCGCCGUCAUCGUCGUCGUCCCGGGACCGCCCGGUCUCAUCGGCCAGCGUUGAAACCAGGGAGCCGCCCCCCGACCAGGCAAGGAGCCGGCCCAAGGCACGGCUGCGCGAAGUCCGAGCCAAGACCAUGGACUGCUCCGAGUUCCAGGCGGUGCACCAGGCGCUGGUUCGCUCGCAGCGAGGGGGAGGUGGAGUCGCCCACCACACCGUGCGGUCGUCAGCGCUGCCGCCCGUGAGGAUCGACCAAUCGGGCCGCUCCGAAGACGGCGGCGGCGCCGGCGGCGUCCCCGGCAACGGCACUUACAAGACGUACUUCCAGACGAGCCACGCGGCCGCCCAGGCGGGGCCCUGCACGGGGCAGGAGGCUCCUCGCAACGCCGCCGCCGCCCCCGCGGCCUCCGACAGGUUCCAGCCCCGCGCGGUCGCGUCGAGGCCCGCGGAGCCCGAGGCCCGCCCCGCGGUCGCGACUCCGCAGGGCCAGAAACCUCCGCACGUCUGCUCCACCCCGACCCGCGAGGCCGGGGGCGUCGCCAACUCGGGCUUCGCGCGCUGCGCGCUCAACCCGUCCGACGGGAAGGCCCGCGCGGUCCUCGCCACGUCCGUGUCGCAGACGCGGCUGCUGCCGGACAAGCAGGGCCCCGACCCGAGCUGGGGCCCCGUCGGACAGGGGCCAGCGUCGCGGGCGAAGGCGGACGGCCCGGGGGCCGGCGGGGGGCGGCGGCGGCCCGGGGGCCGGGAGGGGGAGGCCGCGGGGGCCGCGGUGCCGCGGGCGCCGCUCAGCCGCGACGAAAUCGAGCAGCGGUGGCGGCAGGUGGAGAAGACGCCGGUGCGGGAGGAGAAGCAGAUCCCCAUCGCCACCAUCAAGCCCACGGCCUCCUCCAUGAGCCCCGAGAGUAUGGUGGAGCUUCUGCAGAAGGAGGUGGAGGAGUUGCGCUGGCAGUUGGAGCACGUGCAGCAGGAUCUGCGGAGCUCGCGGGGAGAGAACUCGGCGCUGUUGGCGCGGCUGCGUGCGCUCGAGCAGUCCGAGUACUCGCCGGCCGGAUUCGUCUCCCAGUACAACAUCGGCGUCGCGGCAGCCGAUUACCAAAGCCGGAGGAGCGGCGGCAAGGAAGACCUCUUAGAGCACGGCGCACGGCCACGGAGAAGCCUCACGGGCGCGCAAAUCCAUCACGGCCACGAGGAGCCGGCCGCCGCCAGCGACGACGACGACGACGAACGCUGCGUCCGGGCGCCGGGCUCCCGUCCGCGCAAGGCCGAAGCGCGGCUGAGGGAGACCGAGGAGGCCCUGGUGCACAAGACGAAGGCCUGCCUCGAGCUGGAGGAGGCCGCGUCCUCGGCGCAAGAGCGCCACCGGCUGGAGGCGCGCCGGCUGCAGCUGCGGCUCGACGACGCCGAGGAGCGGCUGGCGAGCGCCGUCCGGGACCUGGCGGCCGCGGACGCGGAGCGGCGGCGCGCGGACGCGGCGCUCGCGGACGCGGAGCGGAGCCGGCGGGAGGCGGCCGAGGCCGCGGCCAAGGAGGCGGCCGCUCGCCAGCAGCUCGAAGCGGAAGAGCGGCGCCGCACGGAGCUCGAGGAGCGGUGCCUGCGGUUGCAGACGGAGGUCGGCCGCCUGGAGAGCGAGAAGGAGAGCGUCUCGCAGAAGGAGGCCGAAGCGGCGAGGAGCCUGGAGCGGAAACUCGCGCGGAGCGAAGCCUCGGCGCUGGCGCUGUCGCGGCAGCUGCGGGCAGCCGAGGAGGACAACGAGACGCUGCGGUCGCAGCAGGAGACGCUCGAGCGGGAGCUGCAGGGCGUGCGCCGCUCAGAUGCCGCCCCGGCGGGGCCCGAGGAGAGGCCCAUCGUGCAGAUCGACGGGCAGCCCAUGGAGUGGCUGGACAAGGAGAUCGAGCUGCAGGACCUGGCGGCGCGCCACCGGGCGGAGCUCCGCGACACGAAGGCCUCCUUCCACAAGGAGGCGGAGCGGCUCCGGGCGGAGGCGCGCCGUGCCGAGGAGGCGCUGAGGGCGCGGGCGCUGGAAAGCGUGCAGGAGAUGGACUCGCUCACCGUGUGCAUGGAGGCCAUGCAGCGCAAGCACCAGGAGGAGCUGCGCCAGCGGGAGGACGGCUUCCGCGAGGAGCUGUCGCGUCGUGACCGCCGCCUCCAGGAGCUGUCCCGCGAGGCCUCCGAUCGUCACCGGCAGGAGGUGGCGGCCCUGACGGGGGAUGCUCGUGCGAGGGAGCGGCGGUUUGGCUCCGCGCUCGAAGCGCUGCUCCGGCAGCUGCCCGGCUGGGAAGAGAACGGCCCGGUCGAGCUUCGAGCCGGCCGCCCGUCGACGGACGAAACGGCGGCGGGUGACGGCGGCGAUCUGGAAAGCGCCCACCUCGUCGAGCUCCUGGCCGAGAAAGUGGAGGAGACGCUGCGGGAAUUCGGGGUGGCGAAGAGGGAGCUGGAGCUCCUGCGGCCUCAGGGAGACCCGGCGGCCCUCAGGGACGCGUUCCAGCGUGACCUUGAGGAAGUCAAGGCGACGUGCGAGCGCGGCCUCGCUGCCAUGGAGGAGUCCCACCAGCGAAGCAUGGAGGACCUGCAGCGCAAGCACCAGCACGACAUGCAGCUGCUGCGCCAGCAGUCCGAGCAACUGCUGGCCGAGGAGACGGCCGCCACCAUCGCCGCGCUGGAGGCGAUGAAGAGCGCGCACCGCGACGAGUUCGAGCGCGAGCUGGAGAAGGCGCUCAAGUCGCGGCACGGCACCGGCAGCCAGGACGCGGAGCUCAUCCGCAAGCAGCACGAGGAGGAGCUGGCCUCUAUCCAGCGGGAGCUGGGCGUGCUCUCGGAGCAGUACUCACAGAAGUGCCUCGAGAACUCGCACCUGAGCCAGGCGCUGGACGCCGAGAGGCAGGCGCUGCAGCAGUGCCAGCGCGAGAACGAGGAGCUCAACACUCGUUGCCAGGAGCUGAACAAGCGCCUGGCGACGGAGCUGAUGCGGAUCCGCAGCAUCAUGACGGGAGACAGCAACGGCGCCGUGCCCUCGCUGGCACCCGGCAAGGACACCUACGAGCUGGAGGUCAUGCUGAGGGUCAAGGACUCUGAAAUCCAGUACUUCAAGCAGGAGAUCAACGCCCUCAAGGAGGAGCUGCAGUCGGCGCUGAGGGACAAGAAAUACGCGACGGACAAGUACAAGGACAUCUACACGGAGCUGAGCAUCUCGCGCGCCAAGGCCGACCUGGACGUGACGCGGCUCCGCGAGCAGCUGCAGACCAUCAGCCAGGGCGAGGAGCGUGCCGGAUACGACAUCCUCAAGUCGAAGAGCAUCCCGGACUUUUUCAAGACGCAGACGACCUCCAGCUGCAAGCGAACGGUGCGGAACCUCCGCUCCAAGAGUCUGAGGGAGGGCCUCUCGACGCAGGAGCAGAAGCAGCUGUUUGACGAAGCCGAGGUGCAGCAGUGAGGCGGGCCGGGGGGGGGGGGGGGGUGCGGCUCCCGUUCUCUCUGCACCCUCGCUGGCGAUUGGCGGGCCCACAGCUGCGAAGGGACGUGGCUACAGACGAUCAACACCCCCCCUUCCUUCCCCCGCGGCGCGGGAUAGCAACCCCUGCCGCCGCACCAGCCACGGCUCCGGAAGCGCCCAUCGCCUCGUCCCUUCGCCGAGAUAGUUUUGACGCACGGUGAACGCGGCCGCCGCUCUCGACCGCUCCCUCCGCUCCGCCUGCGGCUGGCCAGGAAGAGCGCCGUCUCGGCCGGGCCUGCUGCGACGGAGGUGCCGGCAGGCCCGGUUUGCCGGCUCCCUGCUGCGUGGGCCCGGCGGUGGCGGUGUGCGAGCGAGGCGCUGCCGACGGUCCUUGCCAUCGCGGUGUGCGCGAGGCUGUCGGGCCGACGUGGGGUUUCGGGCGCCGAGGCGCGGUCUGCCACUUGGGUGAAUCCGCGCCGACGGAGCGAUCCGGUGAACGGCAGCCUGCGUCCGCGCGUUUAGCACGGACGAAGCCCUCGCGCACGGGGGCAUUGAAAUGUAGGUGACCAACACAGACCCGAGCUUGCAUUCAGUUUGUUACUUAUUGGUGUCGUCCGUGUGUUAUCAAUAUUUGACAGGUCAGUGUCAGACGUACAGGCGGUGACCCUGUUGGCAACAACGGAAUAAACGCCCCCCCCCCCUCACCCUGCGCGAUCACCGCGCAGGGUGAGAUGGGAUGUGAGAGGGGCGCUUCGGCGAGACGCGUUCACACCCGACAAGGUCCACUGCCGGUCACGAAACGCUCGCGCAGCCGCAUGGGGGGGGGGG